ACCCCCUCUCUCCAGGCUCCCCGCUUCGUCCUCUUUCCCUUUUGCGCACCAGACCCCCGCGCUUCCCCGCAAUCGCAAGCGCGCCCCGCCGCACGCGGCAAGGAAGGACCGAGGCGUGAGUACGCGAACCCUCGGGUGCGAGGGACGCAAAAGAGAAAACGACAGCCAGGCGCCGGCGCGGCUGCGACGGCGGCGAGGCCAGGCUCCCGCGGCGGCGACUCCCGCGGAGCCGAUCGGCGCGCCAUUGGAGCCCUGCGAAAAGGGGAAAGCGUGACGUGCUGACCCGCUCGGCGCGCGUGGUUCGUACGUGUGCCCCUCCUGCCGCUCCCGUGGUUUGGGCGGCCGCCAGCUGCUUCCUCCUCCUCGUCUUCCUAGCCUCGCCGCGAUGGAGGCCGGCUACUGCAACCGCAAGAAGACCGACGGCAUCUGCGAGGGCGUCUGCGACGGCGAGCACGGUUCAAAGUCAGUUCUGAGCAUGUCAAGGCUGAAGUGCGCACUACGGGCUUUUGAUUUGAGGGCUCUCUUGGUCCUCCUGAUUGGUGUGCCAAUAUUAAUCUUCGUCAUAUAUGUGCAUGGUCAGAAGGUUACUUAUUUCCUCCGACCGAUCUGGGAAAAGCCCCCAAAGCCCUUCACUGUUCUUCCUCACUACUAUCAUGAGAAUGUCUCGAUGGAGCACCUCUGCAAGUUGCAUGGAUGGAAAGUCAGGGAGACCCCACGCCGCGUCUUUGAUGCUGUGCUCUUCAGCAAUGAGCUUGACAUUCUUGAUAUCCGUUGGCAUGAGCUUAGCCCAUAUGUGUCAGAAUUUGUGCUGCUUGAAUCCAACUCAACCUUCACUGGCAUAAAGAAGGACCUUCACUUCAAGGAAAACCACCAACGGUUCGAGUUUGCUGAAUCACGGUUGACCUAUGGUAUGAUAGGGGGGAGGUUCGUGAAGGGAGAGAACCCAUUUGUUGAAGAGUCGUAUCAAAGGGUUGCCCUUGACCAGCUUAUUAAAAUUGCCGGCAUCCAAGAUGAUGACCUAUUGAUCAUGUCUGAUGUUGAUGAGAUUCCAAGUGGGCAUACAAUCAACCUGUUGAGAUGGUGUGAUGACAUUCCUGAGAUACUUCAUCUCCAGCUCAGGAACUAUCUCUACUCAUUUCAAUUUUUCCUUGAUGACAAGAGUUGGAGGGCUUCAGUACACAGAUACCGAACUGGAAAGACAAGGUAUGCACAUUUCCGGCAAACAGAUGACCUUCUGGCUGAUUCAGGGUGGCACUGCAGCUUCUGCUUCCGCAACAUAAAUGAUUUUAUCUUCAAGAUGAAAGCUUACAGCCAUGUCGAUCGGAUUAGAUUCAAGUACUUCCUAAACCCAAAAAGGAUUCAGCAUGUGAUAUGCCAAGGGGCUGAUCUUUUCGACAUGCUUCCUGAAGAAUACACAUUCCAAGAAAUCAUUGCCAAGCUGGGGCCUAUUCCGAGUACAUUCUCUGCUGUUCAUCUUCCAGCUUAUCUGCUGGAGCAAAUUGAUCGGUACAGAUAUCUUCUUCCAGGCAACUGCAUGAGAGAAAGUGGCUAGGGAUUGCUACGGUUUGCGUCAUGACCUGAGGCGCAUGGACAUUACUGAUGUCCCCUUGGAGGAACGCCCUGCUGUGGCCGGGUUGUAUCUGAUACGAUUGGCUGACUUAGUUGAGUGAUUGCCUGGCAGUUGGUUGAGUUCAUGAUUUUGUACCAUAUAAUUGAACCUUGGAAGGCCUGAUAGAAUAGCGCAUGCUUGAUCGCUGCGCUCUUGUUUUGCAGAGGAGCUCAGCAAUGUGUGUCAUGUGUAUGCUUUUAUACCACCUGAGUUUUAUUCAUUGCUUCCAUCGUUGAUAUAUGAACUCAGAAACCAUUGUAGAUUUCAUACGGAGUGAUAUUCCAGAUUCUUCUAUUUAUGAUGUACAAUGUCAUUUACUUA